CUGACCGACACGCCUGUUGCCACUGUUGACGCUGUCGUCGUCGUCGUCCUCCUAUCCUUCCGUCCGUCAAAGUAUAUUAUACAAAUUAAUUAUUAGACAGGAAGACGACGCCACCACUGUUAUGCAAUCCGUUCGACGUUUAUUAGCGUGCACGUUUGUCGCGAUCGCUGUAUGCAGAUGCAUCGGCGCCCCAUCCUGUUCGCCGGAUAAGCUAGCCAGGUACCGGGUGGUGGUGCGCACGUUCUGGACUCGUGACCGGUUCCCAAAACAUUUCCCUGAAUGGAGACCACAAGCCCAGUGGAGUAAAGUCGUGGGCAGGUCGCAUUCUAGAGGUUAUACCAUGUUCCGAGAAGGCACACCAGCAUCUGAAAGUGUUCGCAUGUUUGCUAAGACUGGGCGCAGUGAUAAAUUGGACGAUGGCGGUGGUGAAGAUUUGAUUGGAGGGAAUGGUGGACGAGCAGCCGAAGAUAUGAUACUGAGUACUUUUGUAGCGCCCAGCGUAUCGACAGGAGCUGCCUGGACUCAAUCACAGUUCUUCGUUGAUGGAAAUCAUUCUAGGGUGUCAUUGAUGUCACGCAUGAUUCCAUCUCCGGAUUGGUUUAUUGGUAUAGAUUCGUUUGAUCUGUGCGUGAAUGGAAACUGGCUCGAUAGCAUCACUAUUGAGGCUGAUCCAAUUGACGCGGGAUGCGACAACGGCUUCACGUUUACCGCGCCGAACUGGCCCACCGAUCCACAGGGCAUUGUAUACCGAAUAAAAAGCAACUAUCCAUCACACCCUGCCAGCUCUUUCUAUUAUCCACAGUUCAAUCGGUUACCCACCAUAGCGACUUUUCAAUUUAUAAAAAUCAAAGAAUAUGAACAAUCUUUGAACGGUAGAGGACAGGCAUCAGACCCCACGGUAAAAAUCGAAGAGAGCGUUAUUAAAGUUUUAAAUGGUGACAGUGAUAGCGAUCGUGAGGUACAACUGGAAAUGGAACAGCAAAGACGAGAACAAGAGUACAAUAACUAUAAAAGUAUUGGCGAUGAUAAAGUAUUGGUUUCCAAUAACGUUACAUCGUCCAUAUCAAUACCAAAAGGUAAUAAAGAAGCGUUGAUGAACAGUAUUUUGGACAACUAUCAUGUUCAAAAACAUAAGAAAACUCACAAAAAAUCAAGGUACCGGGACUGUAAAUUGGGUGUCUGGUCUGAAUGGAGCGCAUGCAGCGUGUCAUGCGGCAUCGGCGAAAUGCAGAGGCGCAGAGAAGUGAUAAAACACCCAAGAGGAGCAGGACGGCAGUGUCCACCAUUGUUGCAGACCAAAUGGUGUGGGGAGCGCCAAAGACUGUCCCCCACAAACACAUUUUGA